AGGAGUUGGCAUUCAUUAUGUAUCCAAUUCACCUUGGCAAUUAUUCCCAGCAUUACGUUCCUUUUUCAACACUUAUAAUUUCCCACCUGGAUCUGCUCAUCUUAAAUUCUAUGAUGGGUUGAUAAAAAGUGCAGUAGAACAAAAAGAAAAUCCAAUGGCAAGUAAAUUCAUGUACAUAAGAGAAUUAUUAAAGGAUUUUCCAAAACGCAAAUUUAUUCUUAUUGGUGACACUGAACAUCCUGAUCGAAUUAUUCGAAUAUUUGUUCGUGACGUAACAACCUCACGUGUAAAAGGUCUUCCACCACAAAAACCAAAACAUUCUUAUGCUAAAACUUUUACAGGAAUUUAUAGCAAACUUCGUGAUUAUUACAUGGAAGAAGAUGAUAAAAAACUAGAAAAUAAUGUUACACCACAAAAUUCUGAUAAUAGUGAUAAUAGUAGUUCAAAACAAGAAGAAGGAGAUUUAUUAAGUCCAGGAAUGACAAGUAACAUUGCUGAGAGACUUCAAGGAGGACUUUCAAAUCUACUCAAAACUUCAACUCCAGAUACAUCUAAAUCUACAAUGCCUAAACCUCCAUCAGAGGUUAAAUUGCCAUCAACAAGUGCAACUUCCCCCACAAAAACUGAAUCACCUUCACCUGAAAUACUUAAGACACCUUUAGAAAUGUUCCAUGAAAGAAUUGAAAAGUUGAAUCAAGGAUUGCCUAAAGGAUUAUUUUCACUUUUUACUGAUUGCAAUGAUUAA